CAACACGUAAUCGGCUGAAGCAGCAUCCAGGUUCUCAAAAUGAUGACUCGGCGGCUGGAAGUCUGAUUGAACCGCGAUCUGUUGGAAGACAAGUUCCUCGUGGUUUGCAUAACUGAAUCUUCUAUAUAAAGAGAAACAGGCAAGACACCUGUCCCUUACACGAUGGCCGAAAUCAUUCAACCAACGAAAACGGGAACUGUCGAUUUCGUAGUUGGAGAUCGCACAUUUCAGACAUGGUACAAAAUCUUGGGUGAUUUGAAGACUAGCGAUAAAAGGCCGAUAGUUAUGUUGCAUGGGGGUCCAGGAUUCAAUCAUGUGUAUAUGACACCACACGAAAGACUCUUUACAGACGCUGACAUACCGGUUGUAUUCUACAACCAAAUUGGUCUUCGCCAGUACCCCGACUCACCAGCCGAGUUCUGGACCGUCGAUCUUUUCAAGGACGAACUUGAUAACCUGCUCGAGUAUCUCGGGAUCAGAGACAACUUCGACCUUCUCGGGCAUUCAUGGGGAGGCAUCUUUGGUAGCGACUACGCUUCGAACCGUAUGCACCCAGGAUUAAAGCGUCUGAUCCUUACCAAUACAUUCUGUUCGUCCAAGCUCUACCUUCAAGGCGGAGAGUAUUGGAGAGAUCAUCUUCCCGAUGGGCUCGGCGAGGUGAUCAAAAAGCACCAGGCUGAAGGAACCACAGAUUCUCAGGAAUAUAAAGACGCGCUGGUCGUUUAUCGGAACACGCACCUCUGCACAUUGGCUCCCUUGCCGGAAAAACUCCUCCAAUCGAUAGGGAAUGCCGAAGGCAACAGGCAUCCCGAGUUUGCUAUGAACAAGAGGCUGAAGGAUUGGAGUGUCAUUGACGUCCUGCACAAUGUUGCUUGUCCGACGCUUCUCAUUAGCGCGCCGGAGGAUGAUAUGUGGGAGCCGGCCGUCCGGCCGUUCUUCCUGAAUAUUCCAAAAUGUAAAUGGGUCGAAUUGCAGAAUAGUACGCACGUACCGAUGUAUGAGGAACCAGAUAACUACUUUAAGAUCCUCAUUGAUUUCUUGUCUAAUGUUGACGCCUGAGAGAUUCGCUCAGAACAAUCUUAGAAUGUUGUUGUCCUAGUACUUCCUUCAUUUAGCUACCGCGAAUUGUUUUUUCAAUGGGAUUUAUCUCAUUC